GCAACCGUCGCGGUCGUCUUCAUCGCCCGUGACGCGCCGGCUGCGGCUGUUGCUGCUGUUGUUGUUGCUGUGCUGCUGUUGUUGUUGUUGCUGCUGCUGCUGUUGUUGUUGUUGCUGCUGCUGCUGUUGUUGUUGUUGCAGUUGUUGCUGCUGCUGCUGCUGCUGCUGAACAGAGUCGUUAGCGAUGGCCACGGUUAUCCCGAAGCUGGAGCAGCUGUCUUCACGGGUGUUCCGGGUGCUGGGCUGUAACCCGGGGCCCAUGACUCUGCAGGGGACCAACACGUACCUGGUGGGCACGGGCAGCAGGCGAGUGCUGAUCGACACGGGGGAGCCCAACAUUCCCGAGUACGUGGCGAACCUGCAGACGGCACUGGCGCAGCUGGGCAGCAGCGUGCAGGAGAUCCUCCUCACGCACUGGCACCAUGACCACGUUGGGGGCAUCUCCGAUGUCUGCCGUGCCCUCGCCAUCGGUGCCGGCGUGCGGCUGUCGAAACUACCGCGAGUACCGCCGCGGCGCGAGGAGGUGUUGGGCAGUGAGGGCUUGGAGUACACAUUCCUGCGCGAUGGCGACGUCAUCACCACCGAGGGAGCCACGCUCCGGGUGGUGUACACACCGGGACACACGGACGACCACAUGGUGCUGCUGCUGGAGGAGGAGGGCUCAGUCUUCUCGGGCGACUGCAUCCUGGGCGAGGGCACGGCCGUGUUCGAGGACCUCUACACGUACAUGCGCUCGCUCGACCUGCUGCUUAAUCUCAAGCCCAAGCUCAUAUACCCCGGCCACGGGCCGGUGGUGCAGGAUGCGCAGGAGAAAAUCCGCAGCUACGUGUCACACCGGCAGGCACGCGAGCGGGCGGUGAUGUCCGUCGUCGGCGCCCACGCCGGGAAAGAGCUCUCGUUGGAGGAGCUCGUGCGCCUCGUGUACACGGACACUCCUGAACACUUGUAUAAGGCAGCAUCCUGGAACCUGCACCAGCAUCUCAAGAAGUUGGAGAAGGAGGGCACAAUCGUCAGAGUGGGAGAAGGAGAGGAGGGAAAGUGGAAGAGCAAGCUGUGAGCGCCACCGCGCAGCAGUGCACAGUGCCUUACUGGCCACCCGAUGGUGCACUUGAGUACUUGACAUCAGGGUCUGAAGUUGCCAGUUGCCACACCCCCCCCCACCAGCUUAUGGUCGAUUGUGUCUGCAGGGCACGUGGGUUGCCUUCACGGAGUUUAGCUGAGUGGGCCAAGGUGGUUCAGGAGGCUCAUAAUUGCGGUCAGCACACAGACCCAGCAAUGCUGAGAAUUAUUGGUUAAAAUUUUGGUGGAAGCCAUCCCAGAUCAAACCGUGAUUUCAAGUGUAAUGGGUUUAAUGGUAUCAGCCAGACCACCUAUUAUUGCAGGAACAUAAAAAAAUACUAUUAAUUUUGUUUAUCAUGGCUCUGCCACUUGAAGUUUCUAGGUAUAUGGAGUGAGCAAUGUGCAGUAAACAGUAUUUUUUACAAACGCGAACGAGUGCCAUGUUGUAUUGGGAAUGAAAGAGUUAUUGGCAUCAUUUCAGGAAGUGCUUCUGUGGUGUCAUGUCUAGGGGCUGUUUCCUGACUUGAUGGAUUGCUCCGCUCGUUGUGUUUCAAGAGAACAUUUCUUCACCUCAUUGCAUAACUAAAGCAGCAUCAUCGGUGUAACUUUGCUUAUAAAACCCCCAAAAUAUAGAGUAAAAAAACAAGGAUAAAAAAAAAUCUACUCAAGACGUCUAACACUGUUUCAGCGAACGAAUCGUUAUGAAUGAGAUUGCGUUCGAAAUAUAAGACGGGAUUCUAGAAAUGCGGACUCCACAUUUCUAUGGCAAAACAAAUGCAUUUUUGGCCUCUGUGUGUAUGUUACACUGCUGAAUGUACCAGUGAACUGAUUUAAAGAUGUUGAAUGGCGGCGGGUAAUCCUGGCUUGGUGAGAUGAGUAGAGCCAGCGGUGCGUGAUUCUUACGAUUUCACACAGGUGUAGAGGUAUGUGUGCCUAUAUUAUGGAUAAGUUGAUGUUGUGUUGACCUUGCUUUUAUGGUCUUUAAAUAAUUACAAAUAAAAUAAAAACAAUUCUGAAUAACUUUA